AUGGAUAAAACAUGGAUGCUGGCAGACAGGAGGUCACUAAGGUUUGAGAUAGGAUUUGAAAAUUUUCUUAAGGUCGCAUCGGAUAAUGCUAAGGACCCUAAUAAUAUACCUUGCCCUUGCUUAAAGUGUUGCAACAAUGGAUUUGGUUCUAUACAGUUCAUUAAGGAUCAUGUCUUUUUUAAUGGUAUAAUGGAAAACUAUGACCGUUGGAAGUGGCACGGAGAAUGUUCUUAUGCCGCCAGACAUGGUUUGAGUGAGGGUUCUGAAACAGUAGAAAUGAAUCCAGAUUUAGGGAUAGAAGUAGAUGAUGUGGGUAAUGAAGAUGAAGAGCUUUCGACAGACUCGAAUGAGUUUAUGCAGUUUGUAGAGGAUGGAGAUAAGCCUCUAUAUCCUGGUUGUACCAAAGCAACCAAGAUGAAUGGUUUGAUAGAAACCUUUAAUCUUAAAGCAAGGUACGGACUGUCUGAUUCAUGCUAUUCAGACAUUUUAAUAUUGUUUGGAACUCUGCUUCCCGAUGGGAAUGAAUUACCUGGGUCUGUUAAAGAGGUCAAAAAAUUUUUGUCCACAUUAGGGAUGGAAUAUGAGAAGACUGAUGCUUGUCUAAAUGACUGCAUCUUGUAUAGAGGCUUGCAUGUUGCUGCUCAAAGAUGUCCAACUUGUACUGCAUCAAGGUGGAAACUAGCAAAGGACAAGUCUGAGAGAGUUGGGGUGUCUGUAAAGACAUUGUGGUAUUUUCCACCAAUCCCAAGGUUUCGAAGGAUGUUCCAAUCGACAUUUUCUGCUAAGCAACUGACUUGGCAUGCGAAGGGCAGAAAGAAGGACGGAAUGAUGAGACAUCCAGCGGAUUCUCCAAUGUGGAAAAUGAUAGACACUAAAUGGCCAGAUUUUGGUAUAGAACCUAGGAACCUUAGACUUGCAUUGUCCUCAGAUGGGUUUAACCCAUUUGGUGCAGCAAACAGUAAGUACUCUUGUUGGCCGGUGAUUUUGGUCACCUAUAACCUUCCUCCAUGGUUAUGCAUGAAGAGGAAGUACAUGAUGUUAACUUUGUUAAUUUCAGGACCUAAGCAGCCUGGAAAUGACAUUGAUGUCUAUCUGCAAAUGAACUGA